CAUAUUAUCAAAUACUAUUCCAAUUUUUUCAGAUCGAUGCGUAGAUCGGUCAACUUUCGAGAAUCACCCAUGACCCAUUGACCCAUCACUAGUCUAAUCUUCGUGUUCGUUAUCUGUAUGAAUAUUAAUUAUUAUUGUGUUUAAUAAAUAAUUUUACUUUUUUCAUCAGAAUGGAUUUUCAUCAAGAAUAUUCUUGUUGUCACCUAUCUACGGCUUCGAUCAUAGUUGUUAUGGGUAGAAUUUGCUAUCUAUUCUACAACCGUGACUUCGACUGAUUCGUUCCAAAUUUUGCCGGCGACCCUUCUGUCUUAUCUGAUAACGUUGGUAUUGAUAAGAUUAUUAUUUAUUUAGAUUGAAAUGAUUGAAUUGAAAAUAAUUUUAAAAUAUUAAAAUUGGCAAUUGCCUUAUUGCUUAUAACAAUUUUAAUUUUGUUUACCAAAUACCAUAAUAAAUAUAAAUGUUGUACAAUGGUUCGUGUUAUAACGGCCUACAACUUCGAAGGUCAAAAAGUAGAUACCUGUGCCGAUCCAGUCGCUUUUACAUCGGCUCCUCCAAAUAGGUUGUUGAUUGCAUUGGCUCAUCAUGCCAUUGAGGUUCGAGAUUUAUCUGAUGAGGCUAAGCCUACCUAUGCAAUCCCUACUGUCGAUCAAGUAAUUCAGUUAUCUUAUUGUGCUUCCGGUAAUUAUAUCGCCACUCUAGAAACGAAGCAAAAGAGGUCCGGAGAUGAUGCACUGUAUUUGAGAGUUUAUUGCAACUGGGAGCAAUGCAGUCAAGGAACUCCACCAUUAAGAGCCAGAAUAGCUGGACGUGUGACACCUACUGGGUCACAAAUUGGAGACAAUGCAUUGGAUAUGAUUGAGAUCCCUUUCAAGUCUACAACAAUAAAUGCAUUCGCCUGUUGUCAGGAAACAGGAAACAUUGUUAUUGCAUCUAAAUGUAUACUUAGUAUUUUUAGAAUGGUAAUAAAAACACAUGACAUAUCUCGACUACGGUUCUUAGAUUUCGAUACAUGGCCAAUGAUUAUGAACCUCAAGUUUAAUGUUUGUGAUUUACAAAUAGAACAAGAUAUUGUAGCUGUUUUUGGAGAAAAAAGAGUACAAGUAUUUCAAAUUAUGAAAGAUUCUAAAAAAUUGUCUGAUUGGAGUUCAACGACUAGUUCUAUGAAAACGAAUACUGCCCAAGAAUACAUUGAGCAAUCUGAAGUUCCAUCUGGACCUAUUGAUUUAAAUCAAUUAAUUAAAUCAAAAACUGAUACUUACCUUAGGCCACUUGUUAACCCAAAUUGUUUCCCAAUUAUGGUGAUGACCCCUGGUUUUGAUGAUAGCGCAUUGGUAGAACAAGAAGAAAAUGCUCCAUUUAAUAUUGCUUCUCUACCUAUCACUAUAAAUGAAACUGAAGCAAUUGAUCCAUGGAGUGAACCUAUCAACUGGACAGUUAAAAUACUAUUACAACUUGAAUUAAAUUUGAGCAGAUGUCAUGUCACAAAUGAAUGUAUAAAAUCCGUGCUGUUACACUUGGUUUAUAAGCGACAUGAAACAUCUAAAGUAUUAGAAUGGAAUUUUCCUCGUUUCCGCACUGAAACAUACAAUCAUUUAACAUGUGUUAACUGCUUAAUAAGUUUAAAAGAAGAAGCAUUUGUUUUUCAUUCUCUUGUUACACAUGAAAAAAAUGAAGUAGAGAUAUCUCCAGCACAAUGCAUUACUGUUUAUAAUUUUAUGUCACCUGUUGUUAAAAUUUUUAUGGAUCGUUCAGUACUGCAUGUAUUGACUACUGCUAGCUUAGAAACUUACACAAUUAGAUUGUUUCCUUCCUCGAGUCCUUCUCCGUCGCAUAUUUUAUCUGAACGUGUAACACUUAUUGGUCAUAAACCAUUUUUGGGUAUAGUUGACAUGGUACUUUUAGAAAAUAAAUUGGUUAUUUUCACUUCUGCUAAUCCAAAUCAAGACAAUAAGGUGAACAAUAGUUGGACACUUUACAUGUUAAUGCUGCCUACUCCUAGUAGUAUAUGUAAAGUUCUUACAUUCAAAGCAAGGAUUUCUAGAUUCAAAACUCCAAAUAAGUACAUUCAUUUGAUGAAAGAAGCUUUAAAUAUAUCAGAUAUUGUAGAAAAUUAUACAUAUCGUGGUUGUGGUACUGCUCGUUUGGGAAACAAUGAUUUCAAAAAGUUUUGCUGCCUUGUGGCUGACCACUAUUUUUUAUUUAAAAAAGAUGGAUGGGAAUGGUCUUACAAACUUUAUGAAAAAGCUAAUUUGUUGCCAAUGGAUAUAUUUAUACGAAUGAAACAAUUAGAAGAUAUGUACAAACGUGUAAAACGCCCAGUGAAUACUAUUCCAGCACUGAAAUUUUAUAUUAGUUCAUGGAUACAUGAUCAUACUGAUCAAGUUGAUUUAAAAACAUUUAUGUAUGGGAUUAAGAUAGCCGAUAGAAGUUGUGAUUUAUUGUAUAUUGCUGAACUUGUAUUAUCUGAGAAGUCUGUCAGAAAACUACCACUUAAUAAUGCUAUUAAACACAUUAAAAAAAAUUUAGAAGCCAGUUAUGAAUGGAAAGGUGCCUUAACAUUUGCAUUACUAUUCUUAUACUCAUUGUCUAACAUUGAAACUAAGGAUGUCUCAGAAAUGUAUAACGAAGCAGACGAAAUUUCAAAUAAAUCAUUUGUACAAUUUUGCAAUACCUAUUCCAAUUUAUUAAUAGAACAAGAUUCUUCAUUUUCUGAAUUUUCACUAAUAUUGAUGCAAGAAACUCCAAUUUUAAUUGCUCAUGGUUUCGCAGAAAUAAUUUCUUCUGGUCAACCUAUGAAACUCCGAAAAGUUAUUCAAGCAUUUCAAAAAUACAUUGGAUCUCAUAUGUACUCUACAAAUGUGACAGAAGUCUUCAAACGAUUUCUCGAAUUACAUUUUUCUCGUUCUUAUGGACAUGACAAAACACCAGAUCUCAACAAGAAAUAUGUCUGUGAUGCCAUCAAGAUUCUAUUUAGACAAUACCUGACAGAUCUCACAAAACCAAUUUCUGAAAAUGUUACACAAACUAAUGCCAAAGACUGGAAAAAUAUCUACAAUUCACAAAUACCAGGUUAUAUACAAAUGCUGCCAUGCUAUAAUAGCAACAAUGAAAAUUUAAUAAAACUACAAAGCCUGUUUUACACUAACUGGUUAACCAAUGAUUUCAAAGAAGACAUAAAACAAGUUCUCCCAUUAUUGAGCAAGCCAUCAUUAAGUUUGGAGAUCAUGGCCUCUGAAAAUACUACGAAAACAAUUGAAAUACUCAUAGAUAAGUGUCCUCAGGCUGUUCUAAAAUACUCUAUUGACUAUUUAAAGUCAACAUCUGAAUGGAAAUAUACAACAAGUUUACUAGAAAAAAAAUCAAAAUCAGAUAUAGAUAAUCAAUCUAAAUAUCAUGAAGUCUUACACGAUAUGUUAGAGUAUUUGUCACAUAAUAUGUGUGUCGAGGAUCUUUGUAGUGUACUACCAGAAGAUAGCUCAACAGAUAUAGGUCAUGAUGAGUAUCAAACAUAUGUAAUUACUUGUCAAAAAAUCAACCAAGCAAAUCAAAUUAAAUCAAUGGUUAUGGCUACUGGUCAACAACUUUUAGCUUCACUUAAUUUUAAAUAAAUUUGAAAACUUAUGUAUUCAAUGCUUUAGUGCACAAGCUUUCAAUCUUCAAAAACUAAUUUCAGCAUCAAUCAAAUUAUUUAUAGCAAUUUAACAUUAAAUAUUUUAAUGUACUAUUCUAGUAGGUAAAGUAUUUAUUUUUUUCAUAACCAUAUAAAUGUGAACAAUAUUGAUUGGUUUUCUUUGAAUAAUGUUCAUUACUGAGUGAUUUAAAAUUAAUAUUUUAAUAUGCACUUAAUUUGAAAUUGAAAUUUUCUAUGUUUAUAAAGUAUUGAAGAUUUCCAAUUUUAAAUCAAUUAUUUUUUUAUUUUUUUAUUUGAUAAAACUAUUUAAAAUCUUAAUUCUAAACAUAAUAGUAUGACUCAUAAUUAAAGUAUAUUUUUACAUUGAUAUCAGUUUAUCAAAAAAAAAAUUGUUUUGUCGCUUACACAUUUAAGUCCUAAGAUCAUCUAUAUGUACACCAUUUAUUUAUUUUAAUUAUUAUUGUUAUUUUAUUUUAUUUUAUUUUUAUUAUAUUGUUGACAUAAAAUCACAAAUAAAAACUAUAAUUAUAAAAUGGUUA